AUGCCUGUUGUCCGAAAGCUGAGACCUCCCGAGCCUGCUCCGAUGAGGAGACAAAUCUCCGAGGGCCUUAUUGUUGGGGAGAGCGAUGGCAUCCCCACUCCACAGAGGAUGCUUUUUCCUGUGAACAAGCUUUCAAUCAAGUGGGAGCGGGUGUAUCUGGUGGGAGCCGGCCUCUACAACCUGGGCAACACCUGCUUCCUCAACUCCACUGUACAGUGUCUCACCUACACCCCACCGCUGGCCAACUAUCUCCUCUCCAAUGAGCACAGUCGAUCAUGUCGUCAGUCUGGAUUCUGCAUGAUUUGUGUAAUGCAGAAUCAUAUCAUCCAAGCCUUCGCCAACACUGGCAGUGCCAUAAAACCAGCAUUCUUUAUCCGGGACCUGAAAAAAAUUGCUCGCCAUUUCCGGUGUGGUAGCCAAGAGGAUGCUCACGAGUUCCUGCGCUACACGAUUGAUGCCAUGCAGAAAGCUUGUCUGAACGGCUAUCCAAAACUGGACCGAGAGACACAAACCACCACUCUGAUCCACCAGAUAUUUGGGGGUUAUUUGAGGUCGCGAGUGGCGUGUUUGGAGUGUGAAAGUGUGUCAGAUUCCUAUGAGCCAUACCUGGAUAUUGCUCUGGAGAUUGGGUCAGUAGUAAACAUCGUUCAGGCUCUGAAGCUGUUUGCAAAGCCAGAUGUUUUGUGUCGUGAGAAUGCUUACAUGUGUGCCAAAUGUAAUAUGAAGGUUUCAGCAACUAGGCUGUACACCGUGCACCGGAUGUCAAACAUUCUGACCCUGUCACUCAAACGGUUCGCCAGCUCUCGUGGAGGGAAAAUCACUAGGAAUGUCAGUUACCCAGAAGUCCUCAACAUCCGUCCGUACAUGUCUCAGAGUGUCGGUGAUGCUGUGAUGUACGGCCUCUAUGCUGUGCUGGUGCAUUCUGGGGAUAGCUGUCGCGCUGGACAUUACUACUGCUAUGUCAAGGCCAGUAAUGAACAGUGGUACAAGAUGAAUGACUCAACCGUGCAUCCCAGUACCCUUAAGGUUGUCCUCGAUCAGCAGGCUUAUAUUCUCUUUUACCUGAGGAUGCAAGAGAAGAACACUGAUGCUUCGAAUGCAAAGCAGGACGUGGUGCAUUCUGUGAUAAGUAAUGUGACCCCCGAGCAGUGGAAGAAGAGAUCGCUCAAUGAACCUCUGUCUUCACCACAGGUUACCGAGGUCAGUCCGCGGCAGAGCCUGACUGAUGCUCCGCCUUCCUCAUCUCUUCAUUCAUCCGGUGACUUCAGCCCAGCCCCACCCCACAGGUAUCUUAACGCAUCACACCAGAAGAGUUCAGAUACAACUAGGGUUGUGCCGAUGGAUGAUAUCAUCGUCCAUCGUGAUUAUUGA